AUGAAUUUAUACCACGUUUUGGAGAUUGCUGGAGAGGGUUCCUUUGGUCGAGUUUACAAAGGAAGAAAAAAACACAGCGGGGAAGUUGUUGCUCUUAAAUUUAUGCCAAAAGUGGGUCGUUCUGAAAAGGAGCUCCGAAAUCUCAAAAGAGAGAUUGAGAUUAUGAGGGAUCUUCAACAUCCAAAUAUUGUUCAACUUUUUGACAGUUUUGAGACAGACACAGAGGUAGUAGUUGUAACGGAAUAUGCCGAAGGUCAACUGUUUCAAAUCCUUGAAGAUGAUGGUCAUUUGCCAGAAAGUCAGGUCAGAGAUAUAGCCUGCCAACUAGUUUCAGCUCUUUAUUAUUUACAUUCCCAUCGCAUUCUUCAUCGUGACAUGAAACCUCAAAAUAUCCUGCUGGGGAAAGGUGGAGUGGUGAAGCUUUGUGACUUUGGGUUUGCCAGGGCAAUGAGUGUGUCUACUUUGGUCCUGACUUCAAUCAAAGGAACACCACUGUACAUGUCUCCAGAACUUGUGGAGGAGAAACCCUAUGACCACACAGCUGAUCUCUGGUCCCUGGGUUGCAUUCUUUAUGAACUCCACACGGGGGCGCCCCCAUUUUACACUAACUCUAUCUUUCACUUAGUGCAGAUGAUAGUUAGAGACCAGGUCAAAUGGCCACCAACAAUGACUGCCACAUGCACGAAUUUCCUAAAAGGAUUGCUGACAAAAGACCCUCAACUGCGGUUGUCAUGGCCCGAUCUUUUGCAACACCCAUUUGUUGAAGAUGGUGUUAAGGUUUUUUCAGAUUCAACCGUGUUCAACCCCCUGACAGAAACGCCUAGUCCUGAUAUGGUGGCGUUGAAGCUUCAGCAGGUUGCAUCAAAGACACCACUUGCUAAAGGGAAGACUAGAUUAUUACAACAUGGCUGUAAAAAAGGACACUUUAAAAUCAAAAAAAUAGGUGAUUGUGGUCAAUCCAAGUCAGUAGACACACAUUUUACCCCUAAACCGACAAAGCCCCAAAGAGAAGUUAAUUCACAAUGUGGUAAUCACCAACAGUCCAAGUAUGGGACUCAGAUCAGUAGAGACUAUGCACAAGAGUUCCCCUCUGUUGAGGUUGGUCCUCAGUUAUUUCGGAGGUGUUUGGAAGAACGAAGACGCUCUUUGCAUGUAGAGAAGCUAGAGACUGAGGACUAUUGGGGAAAACUGCUCCAAGAAGUAGACCAAAACAGACUACAAGUGCUUGGACAUAAUGAUCUCGUUCCAAGGCUGAAUUCAACAUUCCUUGCUUUUAAAACUCAGCUCAAAAGUGAAUGUGUAUUGGAACCAUUGGAGAUCCAUCAGCCGUUGACGCUCCUAAGCCGCCUGAUCCAGUCCGACAUGAAAGACACCGACGACCUCUGUCAACAGAUCGGCUUGCCCCAUUUGCUCUUUGAUUUAAUUCAUACCAUUGUUGUAAACUCAAACAACUCAGAGCUUCCAUGGUGUGUUCCAGCACUGGGAGAAUUGUUUCAGCUGCUCCUGAUCGUUUGGGCCGGGCAUUGUGAUUGGACAGAACUUGGAUUCAGUCAAUUGGAGGAGCACUCAAAGAUGUUUGUCAUGGUUCUUAAUCAACCCGAGUUUAGGACUUUAGCUCCUCUUGCAGCCAGUGUGUUGUCUAACUUUAUACACCAUGAUGUACCUGUGGAUUUGGAUGUGGAUAUGCUGAUGACAUUAUUUCGGGAACUUUGGGAAAUACACGAGGAUUGCAUUCCCAGACCGGAAGGAUGGGGCAUGUUUGACGGAAUCCUGGCUUUAUUGCUACACACAUUAUCAGAGCAUGAAGGUGGACAAGUUAUGCCAUGCGUAGACCCAGAUUUUUUCCUGGAACUAUGCAAAAGUGUUAGUAGUGUCUUUAGAAAAACGCCACCAAACACAGACUUCUAUUCGGUUAAUGGAAUUUACUCCUUCUUGUCUUUGGCACUGUCGGUUUUCACCCAAGAUCCAAACUUGUGCAUUCCCCUGUUCACUGACACUUUAUCAAAAAGCGUGCACACACUGGGUCUGCUGCUGAAGCCUGAUUGUCUGGGCUUGUUUGUGGGAGACGGCUCACCCAGACUGCAGACUGAUUGGACUCUUGACAGCUUGUCCGUGUUGAGCUGCCACUUGUUGUGUUUCCCAUUUGCUCUGGACGUCCCUGCUCUCACCAUGUCCAAGAUUCUGGACUUGUAUGUCAGCAGUAAUAUUAUUGCAGGCCUUUUACAGGUGAUUCAAACGCUUACCCCUUCAUUAUUAGAGCUGCCUCUCUCGCUGUUGAGCCGCCUGCUGCUGUGUGACCCUGAGCGCUCGCUCCCUUGUCUUGGAGAUGGUGAUUUCUUGAUGCUCUACCAGGACAACCGCGUCUCUGUGUCUGAAGAUACUGGAGGCAGAAGUGCCAUGUCUUUGCUCUCAGACCUGCUUCAGUCGGACGUCCUGUGGGAAGCUGCUGUGGAGCUGCUCUCUGUUCUCUCCACUCUGACUGACCUGGACACUGUAACUCGCCGUCACAGCUGCUGUGCACUGGCCAACCUGCUGAUGCUGGACGGGGCAGUGCAGUGGCUGUUGGAGCAGGACGUGUCCAGGGCUCUGCUCAAAGCGGCCUGUAGGGACCCCCAGCACCCAGUCAGACAAGCGGCCAUAUCUACCCUGUGUAUGUUCAGCCAGCAGGAGCCCAUACGCCAGAUGCUGAUAUCACUUGAUGCCAAAGGGAAACUUUUGCAGGCUUCACUUACAUUUCCCCAAAUGGACUAUACAGAGCUCAUUGAACACUUGUGA